AUGAAGACGCAAGAUGCUCUUCUUAAAGUCCAUGAGGCAAUUGUAGCUAGUGCUGGAGAGAAUUCUAAGAUAGAUAGAAUUAGAGAUGAUAAGCAGGAAUGCCGUCUUUUAGUACCGUCUAGUCAAUGUUCUAGUGUGAUUGGUAAGGCUGGUUCGAACAUUAAGAGGAUUAGAAGUAGAACUCAAGCUAGUGUUAAGGCUGUUUCCAAAGAUGUUUCAGAUCCUUCACACGCUUGUGCCAUGGAAUAUGACAAUAUUGUUGUGAUAUCUGGUGAGCCUGAUUCCGUGAAGAAAGCACUUUUUUCUGUUUCUGCAAUCAUGUACAAGAUCAAUCCUCGUGAACAGAUUCCUCUAGAUUCAAACAGCCAAAAUGUUAAAGCUAGUAGUAUAGUUACAUCAGAUCUUUCUAACUCUGUCUAUCCUCAAACUGGAUUUUACGCAAAUCAGGAUCAUAUUCUUCAGCACAAAGCGGGUGUUCCGUCAUAUUCCAAUGCACUAUCUGUAUCUGACUCUCAAGGUUAUGCAGAAACCGCUGCGAAUCCAGUGCCUGUUUUUGCUUCUUCUCUCCCUGUGACUCAUGGUUUUUAUUUGUCUUCCAGAACAGAAGAGUUGGUUUUAAAAGUCGUGUGCCCUUUGACAAAUAUUACUCGUGUAAUCGGGAGAGGAGGAUCAACCAUUAAAAAUAUAAGAGAAGCAAGCGGUUCUUGUAUUGAGGUUAAUGACUCAAGAACAAAGUGUGGUGAUGAUGAGUGUGUUAUCAUUGUCACUGCUACAGAGUCUCAUGAUGAUAUGAAGUCUAUGGCUGUUGAAGCUGUUCUUCUGCUGCAAGAGUAUAUCAAUGACGAGAAUGCGGAAAACGUUGAGAUGCAAUUUCUUGUUCCUUCCAAGGUUAUUGGAUGUGUUAUAGGGAAAAGUGGCUCAGUCAUAAACAAAAUCAGGAAAAGGACCAAUGCUAAUAUACGUAUCUCAAAAGGGAAGAAGGAUGAACUUGUUGAGGUUAUAAUCCCUAUUAAAGUUCAGAUCUUUAUUCUUCUGUUGCUUUGUACCUUCUCAUCAUCAUUUAUGCAAGGUUCUUGGUGUUUUCUUUAGAAAACUCUCUGCUAUGAACAACAGUAGUCUUUAAAAUCAUCUUCAAGAUCUCUAAAGAGAUUCUGAAGUGAGUUUUUUUUUAAUACCUUUUGUAAUCUAAUAUUAUUUGGAAAAUCCAUUUGUAAAAACAACCCGUGGAAGAGUUUUACGAUACCUAAACUGUUUUAUCAUCUUCUUCU